GAUGAAGAAGAAGUAGAUUUGAACGCCCUUUUCACCGAGUUCCUCGCCGGCUCCAGCUUGCUCUCCGCGAAUACAAGCCAGGGACGAAGGAAAGAGAAAGAAAAAGAAAAAGGUGCUUCCAAUCAUUUCAGCUAGCUAGACGUACAUAAAGACAUAAAGCCGAUUAUCUACAUCAAAUAUCUCGAGCUUCGAAGGUCUGCUACCCAUUGCAAUAUUACGAACAGAUCCGUUCUUUCCUUAUUUAUUGGAAUCAUGGGCCUCGACUAGAAGGCCCCUCGUUGGACAUGAAUGCCUAUAAAUACCCUCCUCUACCAAAUCCUCCAAAAUACAGAGACGUCUGGAAUUCCAAGACGAUGGAAAAGAGCGAGAGCGAUAACAGCAUGGGCGAAAAUUCGCAGGAGAUUUACGAAUCUAAAACUGUGUUAUUCAAGAAGCAGGGUCUCUGCAAAGAAGAGAAUCUGAACCAAGUCUGGAAGAAAGAGGUGGAAACAGUCUUUGAAUCUCAUGGCCUUUCAUGCAAAUUGAACUGGGAUGAGGGUAAGAUGACUGUCAGUGCAACAAAACGUACUCAACGUACUCUGUUCCAUGAUAUUUUUGACAGGGGUUUUAAUGCUCUCUCUGUUCUGGCAUGUGGUCUCGGCACUGAAUGGGUUGAACCAAUCGUCUCCGGCAGUGUCUAUAGUGAGGUCAUGUAUAUUAGAAUACCAGAUGGCAUGAGUCAGGAUGAUUUUUCAAGCAAGUAUCAAGAUUUCAUAUACAAAUUUGAACACAAAUUUGGACUACCUCGAAAGCUGUCCUGCUUUGUUCUUUAUCUUGAAGCAUCUGUUGUCGUCCUUUCCGAUAAAGCCGGGUCAACAAGUACAGUGAGGAAUCUUGUGCUUAGUUGUCUAAAUGACGAUGAUCCUUUUGAUGAAGACCAUUUUCAUGAAUUGUUCCUUGAUGAUCUUUAAAGCACCCAAUAGAUGAAGGUUAGACAAAAGAUCAGAUCAUGUGUUAUGCAGCUCCAGGCACAGUUGCUCUCUGCUGACUUAAACUGCACUUUAUGAACCGUACGUCUAGUUUGCUGCUUUCUCUGUUUUGGGAGCUUUACUGAUAUGUGUCGAUGUGUCGAUGUGGUCGCUCUCUCUCAUUCCAUGUUAAUUUUUAGUUGGGAGCUUUGUUAGCUAAUAGCUAUCCCAAAACUACUUAUCAGAUUUCUCUUCAAAUAUUUAUCUUCUUGCCCAUUUUUUCUCUGCACCCCAUAUCUAACCUAAUUCCCAAACUGCUACUAAUGAAGGCAAAAUUAGUUGCAAUUUGCACGGAAUUGGGACAAAGUUGCUUGCUAUGAGGUGGUGGUAUGAGUUUGAAUGACAGACUAUCCAA